AUGGGCUCCUCUUUGAAUGAGAAGAGGGCGCAGGAGGUGGUAGGAAGCAUGAUGAAAGAGGUCAGAGCAGAAAACUGGAUACACAAUCUUGGGCUGGACGAGCUCUCUGUGUUCUCGUCGUGUACGUCCAGCCAAGGACCAGACGGUGGGGUGGUGAAUAUGGGUCAAGGGACAAUCGGCAUGUCCUCUAAUGGGCUGAAGCGAAAGCAAGAAGACCUCGAUCCUUCACAGAGGAAGUCUCGACAUGCGCAGUAUCAAGUUCAGGGCAAUAACCCCGACGAGAUCGCGAUUCAAGGCAUACUCCACCUCGACGGCACAAAGCCUGACCGUGCCGCUGACCCCUCGUUGCAACAUCUCCCUCAAAGCCCCGAGGCCCAGGAUCAAGAGCAGGUGAUGCACGAGGAUCAGGAUUACUCUCAAGAGUUUCCUGCUGCGGCAUCUUCGCAACUCGAGUCUCAUCCUUCGCCGGGACCGAGGAGAGACAAAGGAUUGCGAUCUUUCAGCCUCAAGGUCUGUCAGAAGGUAGAGGAGCGUGAGUUGACGACGUACAACGAGGUCGCGGACGAGCUUGUGAAAGAGUUCAAGAUGGACCAGAGCAUCGUCUUCGAUGAGAAGAACAUAAGGAGAAGAAUCUACGAUGCUCUCAAUGUGCUCAUGGCGAUGGACAUCAUCACUCGAGACAGGAAGAACAUUCGGUGGAAAGGAUUUCCAGUCACCAACGACGAGACUAGGGACAGCACCAUGUCACGCAUCACAGCAUUGGAAAAGUCGAUAAGAAAGAAAUCGAGAGAGAUCGAACAGAAAGCCUCGCAUUUCAUCAGCCUGAAGAACAUCGUGAAGCGGAACUCCGAGCAGGGUGCGGCAGAGACGGCAGAGGCAGACAAGUGCAAGCUGCAGAUCCCAUUCGUUGUCGCGCAGACAAAAGACAUUCAUGACGUCGAGCUUGAGAUUCACACGGACAGGAAGCGCGCCAGCCUGUACUUCUCCAACAAGUUUGAGUUACACGACGACAAGUCGAUCCUGGACUUCAUGGAAAUGGACAAGGUGGAGGACGAGGAGAGCUUGAGACAAGCGUUCCCAAGUUGUCCGGAGAUCUCCCAAUUUCUUCUUAAGAGGAGGCCCAGCAUUGUUCGCAAGCCCCCGUGA